AUCACGGGCGAAUGUAGAAAAUUGUUUUAGGUUGAAGUGACAGAUUGAUGUGUCGACGCUCAUUUGAAGGCGGCUCCGACGACUAAACGUUCGCUCUGGAAGGCAAUCUCGGUGACACGGUUCGUUGCACCGUACGUCUAUGAACCUCUAUCGUACAAGGCACAUAAUAUCAUAACUUUGCGGUACCGAGUAAUUCAAGCACUUCAAGGUGGAGAAGAUAAAUCUGUAAGCUGCAUUUUCGGCAGGUGCUCUCUCCAUGGCCAUCGACGCAAACGGACAUCUCAACAGUCUGACGGUCAUCAUCGUGAUUCUGAAGGAAUAUGAAAGCAGUUACUCAAACACGUGAGUCUGUAUUUUUCGUGAAGUUUAGUUGAUUUUACAAUUGUGUUCGUUUGGCGAGGAAUGAUCGUCAAAAGGCGAGAAGAUUGUCUUCGAUUUCCAAGAACAUUCAAUCGGUGAAGCGUUCGUCCAACAUCAGACAAAGAGUAGGGUUUUGAAAGUCACCAGAAGAGAAGCUGCUUAUUGUUUGUAAGCUGCAUUCCAAUCAGUGUGUGUUCCAGUAUUCCGCCCUUUGAAAUUGUGGGACGAUUUUCUUCUGAAAUCAGCAUGGAAGUGACAAUCUGGCAAAGCAACGGGGCUUGAGUUGAAUCUCCUGCUCAGAGGUCCAGAGAGGACAUAACAUCUAGGGGAGUAGGUAGUUGUCAGCAGAGUGAGCAGCCGCAGUGAAUAAGGAGGAUUUCGGGGCCUUUCUUAGAUAAGAAUCUUGAUGAUUUCCUACUGUUUGAAACUGAAACGCACUUUACACCAUGGAUGCUCUCGUUGCUGCAUACGAGUCUGAAGAGGACGACAAACCCCGCACUGAGGUCGAAAAAAAUGGGCACCAGGGACCUUUGCUGGCGGAAAUGAGGGCAAAUUCUGAUCAGAGAGAAGCGAAGCGAAUGAAGAUGAUGCUUCCCUUUGACACAAGAUCUUCUUUUCCGGCAUCAUCUGGCCGUGCCGACAUUACUGCCGCAGGAUUUAUGCCAGUUGCUCCUCUUCCUCCCAUCAGCAGUGGCAUCGUACAGAGAAAUCAGCAGGUCAGGCCCGCAGCUCUUCCUUUCCCGUCUGGCCGAUACGUUUCGAAGAGGGAGCGAGCUGCUGCUGCCGCUUUAGCUGACUCUACUGCGUGUCCCAUUCCGUCUGCAACAGCCCGUCCACCACCUGAUCAUGUCCAUAACUUUGCAGGCGUGAAGAACAUUUUGACAUCUGAACUACCUCAUCACAUUCGAAAGAAGCUAGAGAACAUCGAUCCUCACGCCGCUGACUUCAACCGGCUCCCAAAAGGUCUUGUUUGCCAGUUAGAGGGCCACAUCAAAGGCAUCAAUGCUGCACGAUGGUCUCCAACUCAUGCCUCAUUACUUGCAUCAGCGGGGAUGGAUAACCUAGCCCGCAUCUGGAACGUUUGGAAUGCCUCAGAUCAACAAAUGGUACAACAGCUGAGUUCUCACACUGCUGCGGUGAAGGACAUCCAAUGGUCUACAGAUGGAAAACAUUUGCUAAGUUGUGGGUUUGACAAGGUAGCUAGGCUUACUGAUGUGGAAUAUGGGUCAGAGAUCAAAGUAUUUGCGGACGAGAAUGUCAUGAAUGUUGUCAGAUUUCACCCACUGGAAGAUGGAAGCUUUUUAGCUGGAGGUGGAAAGGGCACUAUAAAAUUAUGGGACAUACGAAGUGGAAAACCUGUGAAAGAGUACUCCAAGAGUCUCGGGCAAAUUUUAGAUCUAGAUUUUAACAAGGACGGAAAGCGUUUUGUUUCCACGUCAGAUAUUGCCAAGCGAAAUGCAAGUGACAGGGCAAUAAUUGUUUGGGACUAUAAUAAACAAAUCGCGCUUUCAAAUCAGGUUUAUUUGGAGGCCUACACGUGCCCGUCUGUGCGCUAUCAUCCCUUCGAAGAGACCUUCAUCGCUCAGUCUAAUGCCAGCUACAUCGCAAUAUUUUCUGGUAGACCACCUUACAAGAUGAACAGGUACAAACGCUUCGAGGGACAUGAAGUCUCAGCAAAUCGUAUUCACUGCAACUUCAGCCCUGAUGGGGCUUUUGUAGUCACAGGAUCCGCCGAUGGAUCAACGUAUUAUUACAGUUUUCGAUCCUCUAAAUUGUUAAGAAAUUUUCAGAGUCACCAGCAAGUCUGUACAGACGUUUCUUUUCACCCUGUCCUACCUUCGGUGGUGGUCUCUUGCGGUUGGGAUGGGCGAAUAUGUGUAUAUGAAUAAAAGUAGAAAACGCAUCCUUGUUUCAGUCGAGGAGGGAUGUCUCGUCAGCCGGAGGUCAAUUGUUUCUGGAUUGGAUGAGUAAGUAGAUGAAUGAAUCUUAGAGGAACAGUCCCCACGAGUAGAGAUAAGUAAGCGGACUAGAGAAUGUUUGAUGGUGUAGGUGCAGUAGUACUAGAAGACAGUACUCGUUAUGUGGUCUACUCAAUCAACUCGAAUGCCUGUCGUUCGUUGGAGGCAUUCUACGUGAUUUACGCCUUUAUGUUCAAGGCGGCCAGCUCUCGAUCACCGGCUUGGGAGGCUAGAUUCGGUAGCCUGCACUCGGCUGGGUUGGCGAUAAAACUAUCACGUUUUUUGACAUAAAAACAUUUCCUGAAGGCUUGCCCGAGACGGCAAAGCAGAAGGGAUAGCCGUUGAUGUUACCACAAACAUUCUGGCCUCGCCUAUAAACGAAGAACUGAAAUCGGCAGUGGUGAUCACCAAACAAAGCGGGAGGCAAAGCGAACUUGAUGUUAUGUUACAUGUGGUAUACGUGACAAAACUACUCGUACCUACAUGUUUUUACAUCGAUAGUAACUGCUUUCAAAUUAGUUGGCUGUGUUUGCGCUAUCGUUGCAGUCAUCCAUCUGUGGUGAAGUAUUUUGCAUCUCUUAGCUCCGCAACUUCUCUUUCCAGAUUUUCGGAGAUCUGAGUGAAUCAUUGAUAAUAUAGCGCAUUAUAAACCUUAGAACUUAAGUAGC